AUGGUGUGGAAUGAAGAGAAAGAUGUCAAACUCUUGAGAGCUGUGGCAGCCGAGGGUGUUUUUAUCAAUAGUAGGGCAGGAUCCAGGGAGAAAGGAGAAUUAUGGCAGGUUGCUGCCUCUUCCCUUGUGGUAGAACGUAUGCCUGUCAUUUCACGGUCGGUGAGAGACCGCUUCAAUAUUCUGGCAAAGAAAUGGCGAAUAAAAGUUAGACAAGAGGAGAGAGAGAGUGGUGGUGGAGAUAAAGAAAUGAGUGAAGCUGAAAAGCUGGUGGAAUUAGAGAUGGAAUCUGAGAAGACAAAAGAGCAGAAUGACGAGGCCAAGAAACUGGUAGAGGGGGAGAAAAAGAAGGCAAUAGAGAUGAGGAGAGAGCAAUGGAGAGGUUCAGACAAACCAAAAAGAGACAAGAAGAAACAGGAAAGGAUGAAGGGAAAAAGGAGAAAAAAAGAAGAAGAUCAGGAGAGGCAAUAG